GUUUCAUCAGUUCACUAUAGUAAAAUAAAAAAAGUUUGUGUGGUUAUUGUUUUGUUAGGAAGUGGAAGCAACGUAGAAUUAUAAAAAAUGAAAUUUUGUACGAUUAUGCUAUUAGUGGUUAUAGAUAUUGUUAAAUCAGCUAACGUUUUAGCAGUGUAUCCUUGUCCUUCAAUUAGUCACCAAGUUGUGUUCCGUCCAUUAACAUUAGAGUUACUUAAACGAGGACAUCGUAUCACAGUUGUCACUCCUGACCCAAUGUACCCGAAAGGUGGACAUGAAAAUCUAACAGAAGUCGACGUGCACGAAAGGUCUUACGCUGCGUUGAACAAAUACUUUACGUCUCACGUAACUGGAAGUAAUUGGGACUUAUUAAAUCAAGUAAAAGGUAUAAUGGAUCUUGUAUCUGCAAGUUUUGAGGAACUAAUGAAAACAAAAGAAGUCCAGGAUCUUAUAAGUACUAAAGAGAAAUUCGAUUUGCUUUUAAUAGAAUCGAUGUAUCCUCAAGCAUUAGCAAUAUCGCAUAUAUUUAAAGCACCAACAGUGUUAAUAAGUUCAUUCGGACCAUAUGUAGAAAGUUAUAAUAUAAUGGGAAUACUAACCAACCCUGUAUUGUAUCACAAUUUGUUUCGACAGAGACUUUUCAAUUUGACUUUGGUAGAAAAGUUACAUGAGCUCUACAAUCAGUUGGUAAUUCAUCAUGAAUUGAAAACAAGAGAAGAAAAGGAGAACCGAAUGCUUCAAAAGUUUUUCGGACCUGACAUUCCGCCUUUGAGUGUUUUGAAAAAUUAUGUCGACAUGUUGUUCAUAAAUAUAAAUCCUAUUUGGCAUGGAAAUAUUCCAGUACCACCAAAUGUCAUACAUAUGGGUGGAUUACAUAUGAAGUCACCUCAGAAAUUACCAAAGAAUCUCCAGCAAUACCUGGAUUCAUCUAACAACGGCGUGGUUUACUUUAGCUUUGGAACAAAUGUCCAAUUAUCUUGGCUGCCGCAGGAUAAAAUGGCAAUGUUUGAGAAAGUUCUUUCUCGGUUACCUUAUAAUGUUAUUUGGAAACGGGAUAAUGAUAGCGCUGUAAAAUCGAAAAACAUAAAAGUAUAUAAAUGGCUACCACAAGCUGAUUUGUUAAGACAUCCAAAUAUUAAAUUGUUUAUAACACAAGGAGGCCUACAGUCUACUGACGAAGCAAUCAUAGCCGGUGUUCCUCUCCUUGGUAUACCAAUGUUAGGAGAUCAGUGGUAUAACGUUGAAAAAUACCUUUAUCAUGAAAUUGGUCAAAGACUUUAUUUCGAAGAACUUACCGAAGAUAACUUGAAAAAUGCAAUUUUAGAGGUAGCUGAAGAAAAGAGGUACAAGGAUAAUAUAGUUCGUCUCCGUUCCUUUUUGGUGGAUCAACCGGAGACGCCGCUGGAACGCGCCAUGUGGUGGAUUGAGUAUGUUCUGCGACACGGCGGCGCCAAGCACCUAAGAGGACCCGCAGCUAACAUAACAUGGACUGAGUUUCUACAUCUAGAUCUGAUUAUAUUCCUUACUUGUAUUGUUAUUAUUAUAAGUGGAUUUUUAUGCUUAGUAGCAAGACUUCUAAUUUCCAUAUCGAAAAAAAUCACAUUUGUUCAGAAACUAAAGAGAACGUAAUGUUUGAAGUUAUUAAUAAAUUAUUAAAUCUGUUGUAACAAUAUUUUGAGACUAGCUUUCGUCAGCGCCCAUGUCCGUGUGAAGUUAGAGUAAAACAAAAGCAAGCAGCCUAUAUGUUCUUAGACCUAUCCUCUACAUCUAAUCCAAUUAUUUUCAAGAUCUGUUCAGUAAUUUAUGCUAUUAACUGUGAUAAAAUUCCGUCCAUCAAAAUUUUCGCAUUUAU